CUACGGUUGAUUAGAAAUGUCAAUAUCACUCCGCAUGGCCUGUGGAGAGCUCCGCUGGCUCGAAUUUCUGGACAUUUAUAAUUUCAACGCAAGAGCUAUGGUUUCAUAUCACUAGUAAAGAACCUUGGGUGAAGCCUUAUUCUCUCAUGUACCUUCCUUCUCACAACAGAACAAUUAAUUGCCUACCUCGAGAUUUGUUCACACUUACUAUCGACUCAACAAGACAUUGAAUAUGUCAUCCCCACUACUUCUCCCAGAGGACACUGUCAAGCGCCUGAAACUCCGAGACUCCUCCCUUGUCGGCGCUGAGAAAAACGGCGCAAGAAAGAUAUCUAUUGGCCUCCUAAGCCCGCCUUCAUCGAAUACUUCAAGAAGUGUCUCAACCGCGUCUUCAGCUUCCGCUGAAAUCGUCUACAUCUCUGUCCCAACUCGACUUGACUCCGCUCAAACACUCGAGUUUAUGGGGCUGACUCCGGAAAAGGCGCAAACAUUAUACGCCAGCAGACAGCAGCGACAGCAACAGACGCAGAAGAACAUCGACCUGCAAGGAUGGGUAGUGGAAAAUGUCGUCUCGCUUUGCGCGGACACACACGACGACGGCGAUGAUUGGAAAGAGAAGAUGCAAGAAGUGGGUGUCAAGCAAGAGAUUUCCGACGCCUUAAUCAAGGAAGAACACUAUGCGAUCCGCGGAGUGCAGUCACUCUCGAUGUGGCUUCAGGACAUCUUGGAAACCAACUAUCUCGCACUCGUCGACAUGAAUGCGCGUAUUCUACAAGAGCUCGCACCUCCAUCGGGAGUGAACCUGAGGGGAGGAGAAGGGGAGCCAUACACCGUACCUCAAACACCUGGAGGCCAUAUCACGCUGUUCAAGAGCGUGGAAUUUAGACGAUGCGCAGGAUGCAUAGCCGAAGAUGGAUCGGUGAAUCUCGCACGACUAGAGUCCACCGGACCAACAGACUUCUCAAGACGAGGGGGACUCUACUUCACUCAUCAGAUCUGGGUCUCAAACCACUAUUCAUCGCUGAUCACUGACGCUUGUCCGGUCGCUGAUCGACGGACAGUCGAACUUCACGUCCCGCUGUCCCACCUUGCGGAGAUGAAGGUCUGGGAUCUCAAGUUCGAAGAAGACAACUUUAAGCAACUCUUGUUCUUCUCAAGGCGCGACGAGAAGUAUCCGAAGCCGAUCUCGCAACUACGCGCUUCUCACGGCAUCAUAUCUGGACCUAUCGGACAUGUGCACAACCUGGCAUUUGGCAAGAUGAAAAGCUGGAACGAAAUUACAGAUAAGCAUCAGCUUCAAGAACGAGAGGCGUUCGUUGAUAUUGAAGGUAACGAGAAGGAGACUGUCAAGUACGGCAAACAAUGGGUGUGGAUUAGCGAGAACUCUGUUGCGCAGCUUGAAGAGGAGUGCAGGAACAAAGUGUAUCUGCGUCGGCCGGAGCAGGGCCUCAAGUUGGUACCCCAACCUGGGAAGGACGAGUUCGUGAAGGGCAAGGGUAUCAUGAAUUAGCUAGCUCUUUGUACAUGACAGAGUUAUACUUGGCGGAUCUCUGGAAGUACGGGCCUUCUCCCGUGCUCAGCUGGGUAUUUAAGCUCACUUCUUUGUGUUGUGCUCUCACAAACUCCAAGCAACUCAUUCUUCUCUUGAACAUCCAAAAAGUGCAGGUCAACGCGCCAUGAAGAUCAUUCCGUGCUG